CAGUACACGCGCAAUGACAGGCACGAUCUGUAUUUCAUGGAACUACUAGUCAGGGUUCGCGGAAAUGAUUAAUUAUGCAUUCCCUGUCUAUGAUUGACAGCUGAGGGCGUGGAUAUUUAAGAUGAUAUAUGGUUUAUGACGUGUAGUCUUUAGACUACUUGCCUUUAAAUCUGAUUCGUACAAGACAGACGGUAAACCAGGUCAGGCGGUUGGGAAGUUUUAUGUCAGAGGCGGAAAUCUCAAAAUCGGAAGGACUAAAAAGAGACUGUCUUGCGUGUAACUGGGCUGCCGGUGUAAAUAUAAGUGCAGGUGUUUGCACAGUCACACUGUGAUACCUUCGGGGCAAGUUCACUUGUGCUAGCCAUGACUUCCGAUAACAACUGCGCCUUUUUACGUACGGUAACCGCAUGUGCUGUUUUUCUGACUUGUUUGUCAGCAGUAUUACUUUACAACGCGACUGUCGAUGAGAUGCAGAGAUUGCAUGAUGAAGUCCAUGCCCUGCGCUCUGAUGUUCUCGAUUUACAAAAAAAACUAAAUACCAGGAGUAAGAAUACCGAGGGAAGCCAUUACCUGGGGAGUGAAGGGAGUAAUUCAAAUGUAGACGAUGACGGUGAUGAUGAAGAAGAUGAUGAUGACAAUGAUGGCGAUGAAAAGAACAUUGCUAACAAGGACAUAAAUGCAUAUCAUGUGAAUUCUGAUUUCAACCAGGAAGACAACCAAGUUCAUGAUUUGUUAUGGAGAAUGCUGCAUCACCGCUCUCGCCGUAGGGCAGGGCAACCCAAGGAAAACAGACAAAAGAAGCCGAAAAGAAAGUUCAGAACCCAAGCUGUCCUGUUGAAAACCGCAGCGGGUUACCAGAAUCCAAGAGGUAAACAAGACAUUUUCACUCAUUGGGUGUAUGCUGACUGGGGGAACAAAACUACGAAGGCUAUAAAGGAUAAAUUCAAACUUGGUGUGAAAACGAAUGAACUUGGAAAGGUGAUCAUUCCUAAGGAUGGGCUCUAUUAUAUAUUUGUUCAGGUAACUUUCAGCGGGCAUUCUUCACACGAGUUCGCCAUUAUGAAAGAAAACAAACAUGGUAACGUGACUGAGGAGAUCAGCUGUUGUAUUAUUAUACCAAAGCACUCCGAUGAGAAACCAAACAACUACAUCCUGAGGACGUGUCACACCUCAAAUCUUGUCCUCGUGGAGAAGAAGGACAAAAUUUAUGUAAAAAAUAAGAUACAAGGUAGCGCUGUACAUUUUGAGCCCGCGUAUACCUUUUUAGGUAUGUUCAAGCUCCGUUAGUACCUGUGUACCACGCGAGAAAUCUUGUCUCAUUGUUAGGCUGUAUAUGCUUUAACCUAUAACAGAGCUUAGACCAUAUCACUGGCCAAGCUGGAAUAAAGGAGAGCAGGCACAGUCGUUACAAAAUUCUCACAACAGAUUAUUGUCGUGUAAAACAGAAUCAGUUUUGCUACCAAGGAUGUGAGAGGCUGGUGCAGUCGUCAGAUCCGGUUUUGGUUUCUUCUGUAAUGGAAACUAGCGGGUGCUUGUGUAGGUGGUUUAAAUCUACACAAUGUUCUUUUGUUGUUUCAACACAACUAAACUAGCACUACCGUUGUCGCAAAUACUACCGCGAGCGGAACAUCAAACUACAAUAUCACUGGGGUAAUUUGACAAUACAACUUAAUAACGGCUGAAAUAUGAUUGAAGGGUACGAAGCGUCCAAGACCCCACCAAGUAACUAUUCAUGUUAAAUAUUGUGAUACAUAUUGAUGGAAGUAUAUUUCCUAGAUUUAUUUACAUUUAUGAAAUGGUUAAAUGUCGUUAAUUUUACUUCCACAUUUUAUCUUUAUCAUCCUUUUUUUUCCUUUUCGUUUCGUUUGUUGUUGUUGUAUUUUAUUUUUCAUGGCUAAUCUUUCUGAACUUUCCGAAGUAUUUGAAUAUGCAAUCUUGUAUAAUCCAAACUUAUGCCCGGUAAAACUUGAAUUAUCCACCGUAAGAAAUCCAAUAUUAUAAAUGCCAAGCAUUGUGACCUUGCAGCCAGUAUACUUUAUAAAUUAUUCAUUUUUUCAGUCAAAAAAGGGCUCUAAAUGAACGGUUCCCCACAGGAAUCCCCAUAGUAACGUUUAUAGUCAUUAACAUUAUUGUAAUACUCCGACAAUUGAAUGUUGAAGUGAAGUAUUUACCAAUAAUAAGACUGUCAUGCAUAACUGCUUCUUAUUAAGGUUGGUAUCUUAUCCAUGUAGCUUUUAUUAAUCAUUGUGUUAACUUCCCGAAAUCAUGGCAAUCUCGGUUCGUGCAUGGAACAAUGGAAUUUCCACUUCUACUAAAGAGCUUACAAAGUUUGUUAAGUUCCCAGUGACUUCACCCUAAACUACUGAGCGAAUUCGCCUAGAGUUUCAUAAAACCAUAGUCUAUAAUUUUCGAGUACAGUUGUCUUAACAAUAAAAAUGACUAUAGAGCUGUUGUACAUCAACUUGUAUAAGAUUCUAUUGAAGAUGUAUAUAUUUUGUGUGCAGUUCGGUUGCGAAAUAAAUUACCUUUAAUAAAUGUAUGUUUUUGCAUCGUAGCUAUGUAAGUUGAAAGCGUGUUAUCAGCUGACCAUUAAUGAUUGUAGGUAAAUCUUCAUUUGAGUUUCCACGGACGGUCUUCGAUUUGUUUAUGCCUUUUGUUGUUGUUGUUUAACGCAAUGCCAAAAAGACUGAUGAUCUUUGGUGAGACU